AUGUCAAAUAAAACUGUUUACCCUUGGCAAAAAUUCUCAGCAAAUCCUCUAAUUGUAAAGGAUGAUGUUGGCAAAGCAAAACCAAGUACCUACCCAAUUCCCGAUUGUGCAUUUGGAUCUAGAACUGUGGCUGUAAAAGAAGAGUCUCUGGGAGAAGUAUUGUGUCAUAUGCAACACUUUGCCUCUAUGGAUAUUAGGCCAGAAAAGGAUUUCAAAAAAACAAAUAUAAUGAGCAUUAAACAUAAUUUGUGCACAGCCAAAGAAUUCUAAGAGUUCAGAUAAUCACAUGACAUCAGAUAAAAAGUUGUUUAAGGUAAACCAAAAAUGACUGAGAUUCCUAAAUAGCAAGUGUUCGGCAGAAAAAAUAGAACUCCUUCUCCCAUAAAAAAUGUUCUGGCUUUUGAUUACGGAGCAGUAGCUGAGAAGAAAUAAGCCGAAGCGUAUUCUAACAGACCAUCAACUGCAAAGAGUAGAAUUUCAGUAGAAACCAAAUCAAGCAAACUACUAAAGGAAACGAUCAAAAAGAAUCAAUUAAUGCAAUCUCAGCCAGAAUAACUUAAAAAAUUGUCCCAAUUUGCUAAUAUUUAAGCAAAAACUAAAUCUAGAUAUUGA